GCGGGCCGGCCCGGCCCGCGGGGCCCCGGUUCUGGGUAGAGGGGGAUCGGGAGGGUCUCGGGACGAGGGUGGUCGGCGGGGCCUCGGUCCCGGGUAGAGGAGGAUCGGUGGGGCCCCGGCCCAGGGGGAACAGAGCCGCCUCCCGGUGUGGGCAGCGCGGGGUAGGCCCGGCGCCCGUCUCCUCAGGGCUUUCCCCCCGGCUCUGCCCCGGGGAGGCGGUUGUGAGGGCUCUGCGUGGAGCUGCGGGCUCGUUGUGGAGCUGCUGGGUGAGGCACGGGGUCAUGGAAGUGCCCCUCGCAUUGCACGGAGCUCCUUUCCUCACAGCCCACGUAGUGCGGGAGAUCCCAGGGAAGAUGGAUACCACGAUGCGGAACCUAUGGAAUUUGUGCGACCAACUCAUACGCCAGGCCGAAGUUUUAAGCGAAGGAAACGAAUACCAAUUUAUUCAGCUGGCAAAGAACUUUGAAGACUAUCGAAGAAAGUGGCAGAAAACCGAGCAGGAGCUUGGUAGGUACAAAGAUCUUCUGAUGAAAAGUGAGGCUGAACGUAGCGCUUUGGACGUGAAGCUGAAACACGCCCGCAAUCAAGUGGACGUAGAGAUCAAACGCAGGCAGAAAGCUGAAGCAGACUGUGAGAAGCUGGAGAGGCAAAUACAACUGAUUCGAGAGCUGCUCAUGUGUGAUGCAUCUGGCAGCAUUCAGCUGAGUGAAGAGCAGAAGUCUGCCCUUGCCUUCCUCAACAGACCACAGGUUUCUGUAGGAGGUUCAGGCAACAAGAGACUAUCUACAAUAGAUGAAUCUGGCUCAAUUCUGUCAGACAUCAGCUUUGACAAGACUGACGAUUCACUGGACUGGGAUUCCUCUACAGUGAAAGCUGUCAGACUGAAGAGGAGAGAGAAACGGCGCUCUUCCAGACAGUAUGCCGAAGGCCCCCCAGCUCCUGAGAAGAAAAUCCGAUCAAUUGGCUCCACAGCAGACCAGGGAAACGAGUCCAUAGUGGCCAAGACGACUCUCAUGGUUCCCGGGGAUGGUGGUCCUAUUGAAGCCAUCUCUACCAUCCAGACUGUGCCUUACAGCCUGAGAAGCCAGAGGAAGAGUGGUCCUUUGCAGCCUUGGAACAGUGAGACAAGCUUAGGCUCUAAGCAGGUGGAAUCCAAACCAGAGAGUGAUGGUUCUGGCACCCCGCAGAACAACGGGGGAGUGAGGCUGCAUUGCUUUGUCUCAAAGACGGUUAUCAAGCCAGAAUCAUGUGUUCCUUGUGGAAAAAGAGUGAAAUUUGGAAAAAUCUCUCUGAAGUGCAGAGACUGCCAUGUGGUCAGUCAUCCAGAGUGUCGGGAUCGCUGUCCUCUUCCCUGCAUCCCCACCUUGACAGGCCCUCCUGUCAAAAUUGGGGAGGGUACGUUAAUGGACUUUGUCCCUUCUGCUCCUCCAAUGAUCCCUUCCAUCAUAGUGCACUGUGUUAACGAGAUCGAGCAGAGAGGCCUCCAUGAGAAGGGCCUUUACCGGAUAUCUGGCUGCGACAAGACAGUGAGGGAACUGAAAGAGAAGUUUCUCAGAUCAAAAAAUAUUCCUUUGCUCAGUAACGUGGAUGAUAUCCACGCUGUCUGCGGUCUCCUGAAAGACUUUCUACGCAACCUGAAAGAACCCCUUCUCACUUUCCGGUUAAACAAGACUUUCAUGGAAGCUGCAGAAAUCUUAGAUGAGGACAACAGCGUAGCUGCUAUGUACCAAGCAGUUGGGGAGCUUCCUCGGGCCAAUAGGGACACCCUGGCUUUUCUGAUGAUUCAUCUGCAGAGAGUGGCUCAGAGCCCGGACACCAAAAUGGACAUUACCAACUUAGCCAAAGUUUUUGGCCCCACGAUAGUUGCCCAUGCGGUGCCUGAUCCUGACCCCAUGACGCUCCUGCAGGACACGAAGCGGCAACCCAAGGUAGUGGAACGGCUUCUGCUGCUGCCUAUGGAGUACUGGAGCCAGCUGAUGAUGGUGGAGCAAGAAAACAUUGACCCAGCGCAUGUAAUUGAGAACACCAAUGCCUACUCCACUCCACAGACAUCAGAUGUUAAAGAGUGCAUAUUUGAACCCCUCACUACUCCGGAAAAGCAGAUGUACAGGAGGCUGUCUUCCAGCUCCCUGUGCCAGAAGGUCCUCUCUACCUUCAGCAUGACCCCCAAAUCUGCGAGCAAAAGCAAGUCAGCAAGCCAGCUUAGGCGUCAAGGCAGAUUCUUUGCCUCCCCUGUGCUGAAAUGAAAUGGACCUGGGUGUAAAUGUCAUCCUAGGAUUUGCACACCAACAUGCACAAGUACAGCAGCUCCUCUCCUUGGCCCUCGGCAGCUUGUAAAAUAAGAUUAUUUUCCUUUCCUCUUUCAGCCUAAUUAAGACUUUCAAUGGGAUUUCUGUUAGGUAGUCAAAUCCAUCAUUGUGCAAUGUACUGCUUUUAGUAUUGGUGAAGGAAAAUAAAUACAAGUUGUGUUCAAAGUAUUAACUAAGACCAUUAAACUCCCUGCCACUUCUCA